UCUUACAUUUACUAUUUCAGUUUUAACAAUUAUUAUAAACAUUUUGUUAAGAUUAUUAAUGGAAGAAAAGAGAUUCUUAUAUAUGUAUAUAUGUAUAUAUAACCUCUUUGCAACUUUAAAUUUCCAUUUAACUGUAUAAACGAUAAAGGGUUCCUAGCUAUUAAGUAAAAUAUCAAUUUUCAAAUAAGGAUUUGUAUCGUAUGGCCAUAUUGCGAUUAUUCGUGCCCUCUGUCCGAUUUUAUAUCUAAUCGGAAUUCGAAAUUCCUGUCAAUUCCUGUUUUCUAACCUUUACAACGGAUGUCCCGGUAUUUUGUAGUUUCAAAUUCAGUCGUUUAUUAGUUAAUAGUUUAAUCGUGUACAAUAAUAUGAUGUCGCGGUCUGUACGAGCCGAGACUCGUAGUCGUGCUAAAGAUGACAUUAAACGUGUAAUGCAAGUUGUUGAUAAAGUUCGUCAUUGGGAAAAAAAAUGGGUUACGAUAGGAGAGACAACGAUGAAAAUUUAUAAAUGGGUACCUAUUUCGACCCUUGAUCAGAAGAAGAAAGGAAAAACUGGAUCAGACAAGGAAAAUGGUUUACCUAGGAAAGGAGGAAUAGAUAAUUCUAAUUCAAAUUUUGGCUUAACGGAAGACUCAAAUACCUGUUUUUCCACAGUUAGUGAUUCUCAAGGAUUAACCGACUUCUCAGCACAUUUAGGAUUUUCUGAAGAUUCUAAUUCUCAAAAUAGUGAACCAACUCCUAAGAGGUUAAAGACUGAUUAAAAUUAUACUUGCAUAUACAAAUCGAAGAUUGAAAUGUUUAAUAAUUUUUUAAUUUCACAAAUCUGCACAUAACAAGUUUACAUUAAAAAAUAAUCUCUUAGAUACAUAAAAUAAACACUGUUUAGAGAAUUCUAUAUUUCGUGAAUUUAUACGAAGUGUUUUCUAAAUGAAUGAAGAAAUAAGAAAAUCACUUCUUAUAUUUCAAUUAUAUUUAGUAAAAUCUGUUAGGUAAUGUAUCAUACAAGAAGCUAAAUCUUCAAGACAUUUUAAAUUAUGUAAAAUAAGUUCUAUUUUUUUACAUAUAAAUUUAUUAUGAAUUUUCUAAGUGAAUUUAAAUAGUAGAUCAAUAAUAUUCUGAUUUAGUAGAACAAUUUUUACUGAAUGUGCAAUCCAUUUAUUAGCAUUAAAGUUUUUUGUUAUAAUAAAAAAGAAGAACAAAUAGUUAAUGUCCAAAUUGUACUUCAAAUGUAUUGUACAUUCAGAAUGAUUGCAGUAUUAUAUUGUUUCCGCAAUAAAUCAUGUUCUACAUAAUUCAAAUGCAGUGCUUAAGAAAUCUUUUUCAAACUCAAAAUCUAACAUUAUGUAAAAUAUAUCUUAAAAUAUAUGCGUAUUAAUUUUUCCAAUUAAGAACUUUGACAUGAAAAUGUAUUAUUAUACUUCAUUGUACAUAUUUCAAACAUCGCGUUACACGUCGAUUAAGAUUUUAAGAUCACUUGCAUUCCUUCACAUUUUAUUAUAGCACCGUGACAUGUACAAAAUAAGCUUUGACUCUUAUAAAUAAAAUAGUGCAAA